GAGGGGCUAUGUAAGUUGGUGUGUCACUUGCCUGCCUGCCUAGCGGCAAUAUACACAGUGUGUGUGGAUAAUGAAGGGUCGUAAUGUUUAGUUGCUAGAGGAAUGCCGCCCUGGACGUGUGCUGUGCAUCAAUCGGAAGAGCACCGCGUGUUCGUUCCACCGUUGAUGAUGAUGGCACGUUGCAGUCCCAAUCGUGCCUUCCGCAGUCAGGCGUGAAGCGAGCUAUUUUAGUCCCGGUAGUCCCUUGUUUCGAUGCGACAUAAUCGACCCUCACCAUCAUGUCCGCCUCAUUUCGCAGACUAGCGAUUAGACUAUGGAGACUUCCUGUGCUCUUUUAGCGCCAGCGGUUGCACCGUCAACUUAAAAGUAGCUUCUACUAAAAAAGCGAUCACCUUUCCAUUAGCCUUUAACCUGCCCAUUUCGUAUUUUCUCGACCUAAUUUCUCAGCCGACCUCACCGUCGACAGCGAUGGGAGACACCCUCGGCGCCAUAGUCGAGUACUUGGAGCGAAAUAAGUUCCUCUCAGCAGCAGCAGCCCUACGCUCCGAAAUUUCCAGCAAGAAGCAGCCGAGACCCAACACUCUCGCCUCCAGUCACUCCCUCCCGCCGCUCUCUCCUUCCUUCUCACCGUACACAACCUCCUCCUCCUCCCUCCCGCCUCCCGAUGCCUCCGAUAAUGACGUCAACAUGUUCCUCUGGAUGAAGCACGAACAGAUGUUCUCCAAAUCCGGCUCGACAUCAGGUUCGGGGCAAGGUUCGGGACCAAGUUCGGGUUCAGGCUCGGCAGGCGGGGGAAUAUUUGGCUCGGCAUUUUCCGGUUCGGGAUUCUCCGGGCCCGCGGACGGCGCCGGCGGAGAUUCUAACGCAGGCGGGACUGGCGGCGGGUUCUCAGGCUUCCACCCAAUCGCGCGCGGCAACAGCGCACCGCCGCAAUUCCUUCAAAACGCCAUGUUAAAAUGGUCCCCCCCGAGCUCUCCCCCUGCCGGCGGAAUGUUCGACCCUGCGCCGGCCGCGGAGGCCUCUAAGCCGCCACGCGCGGGGAGCAGCGAGCACCCGUUCUCCCCGUCCUUCUUCCCCACGUCCCCCUCGCUGCCCUCCCCCGCGUCGCUGGACGUUGUACCCGAGGAAGACGUGUUUCUAGGGGGAGAGGACGCGGAAGCCGCCGCGGCGAAAGCGGAAGCGGAAGCGGAGGCGGAAAAGUCUGGCGGAGGAAGGAGUGAUGGCAAGAAUGCCGGAGAGGGUAAUAACGAGGAAAAUGCGGGCAGUGCGGCUGCUUCUACUACCGCAGUUAUUCCUUUGCUGGACGACGGCGAUGCAGUUUUCUUCAGCGCGCCGCAGAAGCUGCAACCCAUUCCGCUGCCCAUAGAAGAACCCGUUCUUUUCGGCGAAGUGACUACAACGGACCCUUUCCGAGGCUCGUUAGAAGCAGCUGCGGCAGCCGCAGCCGUUGCAGCGGCCGCCGCAACAGGCGGCGGAGCAUCCGGCGGGAGAGGCGGGUUAGGUAUUUUCGACGCGGAAUUGCCGCCUAGGAUAGGGUCGACCCAGCGCAGUAAUAGCUCCCGCCCGUAUGACGUCAGCAGCGGGGACGAGACUCCGCCUGCCGCAAUGGCGAAGAGCAGCAGCGCGGGCGGAACCCCCGCGGGGGACGCGGAAGGGGGAGGGUUUGGAGAAGAGCUGGACUUCUCCUGCGGGCUUGGCGGGGGCGGGGGGAAUGGGGAGAAUGGGGGGAAUGGGGGGGACGGGGGGAACGGGGGGGACUCUUCAGGCGCAGGCGGAGACGCUUCCCCCGGGCUGUUCGACCAAGCCUUUGGGAACUCCAGCAAUAAUAGCACCCCGCGAGGAUCAGUCGACUUGUCUGGUAGUGGGGAAGGGUUAUCUACUGGUGAUGCAGGGGGGGGGAGGGACGUAAUAGGGCACCGGCAUGGAAGCACGGGCCAUGGGGCAUCACCAGCAACGGGGAGAGUAGGAGGAGCAGGGGGAGCAGGAGGAGCAGGAGGAGCAGGAGGAGCAGGAGGAGCAGGAGGAGCAGGAGGAGCAGGAGGAGCAGGAGGGAAGAGAGGGCCAGGAGACGCUGCUUCGGUGUUGGCGGGAUGGGGGCUGCUGUCAGCUGGGGGUAGCGGCUCAUUCGCCGCAACCGGCGCUCUAGGAAGCCCUAGCUCUUUCGGAGGAACCUCCGCGGCUGGAAACGCUGCCGACGCUGCCAAGCCUCUGGUUCGGGCUUCCUCCGUGCCCACAAUCACGUUCGGGCCGGUUGUUGUAGGUUCGGAGGUUGUCCCGAGCCUGAACCCCGUGCCUCUGGGAACGCGCAAGCCUCGUCCGCCGAUCAGCCACGCGUCCCUGCCGUCGGCCCAGCAGCAGCCGCCGUUGCCGUGCCUGCAGCGCUCGCCUGGUAGUGGAAGCUCGGGCGGAGGUUCGGAGAAGAGGUUCGGCAUGGGGAGGCAUGGGAUGAGCGGACUGAGCAGGGGGAGCCCCCCCGCAAAAACAGGAAGGGAGGGCGGAAGAGGAGGGGUGUAUGUUGUGGGAGGGUACUUGCUAUCUACUCUUAUGAUGAUUAAAGGGGCGGAUGAUAACGAGGAUAUGUAUGAAGACGAGGAGGAUUUGGGGUAUGUGAGGCGGUCAGUGGGGAAUGAGGAACAGUUUAUGCUCAUAGAGGCCGACCCGGGGGAUGAGCAGGAGGACGCGGGGGAGGGGGAGGAGUUGGCCGACGGAAAGGGGGAAGGGGAAGGGAAAGCUGGAGAGGAGUCGUACCAAGAAGCGGAGGGGGGAGAGGACGGGGCGGGGGGCGACGGGGGAAGCGCUGGAGUAGGUGCUGAGGGGGGUAAAGGGCACCGAUCUGUCCCGAGCUUUGGAGUGGUGGACGCGUGGGAUGGGAUGUUCGAGGGGAGGGGGGAGGGGGCGAAAGGCGCUAGCACGGGAGGAGGGGCGGCGGGAAGGCAGAAGAGGCAGGGAGGGAAGGAGCACCUGAGCCGUCAGAGAGAGGAGGAGGAAGGCGAGAUGGGGGAGGAGGGGGAGGACGAGGAGGAAGGGGGGGAGGGGGAAGAGGAGGGGGAGGAGGGGGAGGAGAUGUACGAGGGGCAAUCGGUGGGCGCAGAUGCGGGGAGCUCGGUGCUGGGGUCGUUGCAGGACUUAGACGAGGAUAACAUGCAUCCCACGCCCACAGGGACCAAGCCCCGCCUGGGCGUGCUCAGUGACGAGGAAGACGAGGAGGAGGGGGAGGAGGGGGAGGAGGGGGUGAGGGCGGAGGGAGGGGGGAAAGCGGGGGGUGAAAGAAGGGGCGGCGGCGGCAGGGAAUGCGGUGGGGCGGAUGGGGUGGCGAUAGAGAUGGGGGGCGGGGAGGGGACGGGCGGGGAGGGGACGGAGGAGGCGGCGCCGAGGAAGCGGAGGAGCUGGAAGGGCGGGGACGUGGGGAGUGCGUCGUUUGGGGUGGUGGAUGACGUCACCGGGGAGAGGGGCACAGGCACAGCUGCUGGCACAGGGCUGUUUGUGUCUACCGCAGCAGCAGCAGCAGCAGCAGCAGCACAGGAUGCUGCUGGUACUGGUACUGGUACGGGUGCUGCUGCUGGUGGGGGGGGCAGCGGCGGGUUUGGCGACUCAUUCUCAGGGGGGUUCUCCUUCCCGUCCCCCUCCAGCGAGGGGCUCUCUAGGGAAGGCUCUGGCUGGUCCGGAGGGGCGGGCACACCUGGGGGAGAUACCAUCAACAUCAGUCCUUCGGAUACCCUAGGGGGAGGGGGGAGCGGCGCAGGCAGAGGGGGAGGGGGGAUGGGGGAAGCGGGGUUGGCGGAUGAGCUUGCGAGUGGGCUGGAACGGAUGGGCAGUGUGGCGGAUAGCACUCUGGAGGUGUGGAAGCGGCAGGCUAGUGGCACAUUCGCUAAAGUCACAGCCAUGGACUGGGACCCCCCUGCUGCUGCUGCUGCUGCUGCUGCUGCUGGGGCGGGAGGGGAGGAGAAGAAGGCGAGGAGUGGGGGCGGGGCGAGCCGGGGGGGUAAGAAGGGGAAGGAGAAGGGGGAGAAGGGGGAGAAGGGGGAGAAGGGGGAGAAGGGGGAGAAGGGGGAGAAGGGGGAGAGGGAGGGAGAGGGAGAGGGGAAGAAGGGGGAUGAGGGCGAAGAGGAAGGGGCAGAGAAGGGGGAGAAUGAGGUGGAGGGGGCGAAGAAGGGGACAGGGGGGGAGGAGAAGGGGGGGGCGGGGUCAGAGGAGAAGGAGGAGUUUGAGAUCUUCAAUCUGCGUGUCAUCCACCGCAAAAACAGAACUGGAUUCGAGGAGGAAAAGGACUUCCCAGUGGUCCUCAACUCAGUCAUCGCGGGGCGCUACUAUGUGACGGAGUACCUGGGUUCGGCAGCCUUCAGCAAGGCGAUUCAGGCGCACGACCUGCACACGGGCAUGGACGUGUGCAUGAAGAUAAUCAAGAACAACAAGGACUUCUUCGACCAGAGCCUCGAUGAGAUCAAGCUCCUGAAAUUCAUCAAUCGGCACGACCCCGCGGACGAGCACCACCUGCUGCGGCUGUAUGACUACUUUUAUCACAGGGAGCAUCUGUUCAUCAUAUGCGAGCUGCUGCGCGCCAACCUGUACGAGUUCCACAAGUACAACCGCGAGUCGGGCGGCGAGGCCUACUUCACCAUGGCGCGCAUCCAGUCCAUCGCCAAGCAGAUAUUACAAGCCCUUCGUUUCAUGCACUCGCUGGGGCUCAUCCACUGCGACCUGAAGCCCGAGAACAUCCUCAUCAAGAGCUACUCGCGCUGCCUGGUGAAAGUCAUCGACAUCGGCAGCAGCUGCUUCACCACCGACCACCUCUGCUCCUACGUGCAGUCGCGCUCGUACAGAGCGCCGGAGGUCAUCUUAGGGUUACCAUAUGGACCCAAGAUUGAUAUCUGGUCGCUGGGGUGCAUUCUGGCUGAGCUCUGCUCCGGGCAGGUUCUGUUCCAAAACGACUCCCUGGCCACGCUGCUGGCGCGCGUGAUCGGCAUCAUCGGCCCCAUCGAACCACGGCUGCUGCGCAAAGCCAGGGACCGCCACAAGUACUUCACCAAGCGCAACGUGCUCUACGAGAGGAACCCCGAGACGGAGCAGCUGGAGUAUUUGGUCCCCAAGAAGUGCUCCCUGGCCCACCGUCUGCAGCAGGGCGACCCUGGGUUUGUGCAGUUCGUUGGGGCGCUGCUGCAGGUCGACCCGGAGAAGCGGCCCAGCGCAGAGGAGGCGCUCAAGCACCCCUGGCUCUCACAGCCGUAUGACCCCAUCACCUAGAGCAGCCCCCUGCGAGACCCCAUAACGUGAAGAUACGGUAAGCCAUGUGUCGUGUCGUGGGAGUUCACCUCGUGGGAGUGCUUGCUGGUGGGCGCAAACUAGCCGGGGUCCGCCCGGCGCCCACCUGCAAACUACUAGGCUGUCAUGCCAUGCAACUACCGUAUCUGCUUUGUGGUUACCUAAGCAUGUGCCUUUUUUGCCACUCUCGAGCAGUUUUUACUGACCUCAAGAGCUUGUAUUUCGCUUAAUAAGAAUGACUUGCACUUGGCUGGAAUUGUUUGUCAUUG